UGUAUACGUAUGUAUACGUCUGUAGUAAUGAUGAAAAAAUGUGGCGGUGGGGAGAGGAUUUAUGUAGGUACAGACACGGUCUUUUAUUUGCACGAUUAUUAAGUUUGAAUACGUAUCCAAUGAUCAUAAUAAAAGUUUGCGUUUUCUUGCUCAUUUCUAAGAGAAUAGAGUGGAAUAAUUAAAUAGAAAAUCUAGAUCCAAAUAUAUAAGGGUUCUUUUCGACAAACAAAACAUGUGGGUAUUUGGUUAUGGAUCUCUUAUAUGGAAAGUUGAUUUUCCUUAUGAAAAAAGAAUCAUUGGUUAUAUUAAGGGGUAUGUGAGACGAUUUUAUCAAAAAAGUACAGAUCACAGAGGAACACCCGAUAAGCCUGGUCGUGUUGUUACAUUGCUUCCAUCUGAGAAUCCAAACGACGAAGUAUGGGGUCUUGCUUAUAAAAUAUCUAUUGAAAAUGUAAAUAACGUCGUUGCACAUUUAGACUUCAGAGAAAAAGGUGGCUACGAAAGGAAUAUCGUCCUCUUUCAUCCUUAUGCUAGUCUUAACGACAUUGAUAAAAAACCUUCUUGUACUUCCUUAGAUAGCAUUGUAAAUAUAAAUAAUACAAUGGUGGUACCGGUUACAGAAAAGGAUCCAUUUUAUCUAACAAUUUACAUAGGAAACAAAGAUAAUCCUAAUUAUGCAGGUGUUGAAGAUAUAGAUACAAUAGCAAAAUACAUAUUUACAGCACAUGGUCCUAGUGGAUCUAACAGAGAAUAUCUUUAUAAAUUGGCAACUGUAGUACGUACAUUAAUUCCCAAUGCGAAUGAUGAAUAUUUGUUUUUGUUAGAAAAAGCUGUGAAAAAUUUAGAGAAAGAUUCGGAAAAAGAAAUAAUUGAAUAAAGUGAAUAUACAUAUAGGACACUUAUUUAUAAUAUAUAGAAUUUAUUUAAUUCUACGAUAAAAAGUAUACGAUGAAAUGAUUUGAAAUAAUAAUUUCAAGAAUGAAAUUUUUCUAUUUUUUGAUUUAUUAUCAAAGAAAAAAAGAAAUAUUCUUGUAUAUUAUUUCACAUAAAACGUAUAUUGAUAGUAUUAAACUAUAUCCAUUAUAUGAUACAUACAAUGUUUGAUAACAUAAUUUCAACCGAUGUACAUUUUAUUCUGUGUUUUGAAUUUUGUCCUUCCAAUUCGUAUUCCCGCGUUAUGCGUCACGCGCGUGAUGUAAUAUAUAUAUUUACUAAACGAUGAUAUUGUUGAUUGAAGCUAGUCGAAUCUGAGUAUCUAUCUUAAAUUCUUUUGUAUUAUUAUAUCUAUUUAAUAUAGAGUACGUAGUUGCACGUAGGAAGUACAGGAAAAGGGUAGAUCUAAAAUAAGAAAAAGAGUUUAUAUAAACAUGUACCUUAUGUGACCUUAUAUUUGAGUUACAGUUUAUUUUAUAUUUUAAUAGCAGCUUAUCUAUCUUCAGAGAAAUUUCUCGAAGUCACCACCUUCGACUUCGAUAUAAGUAUGACACAUUGAAACACUAUUAAUUGGAGUUUUGUAAACUACCAAUUUUAAAUAUCUUCAUAAAUAAAAUUCAAGUGUAUUCAGGUUUAGACAAAGUUUACAAAACAACGAACUGUAACUCAAAAAUGAAAUUACAUUGUGCAUCUAUUUAUAUACGAA